UAAGUAUAGAGACCUAACUGUACAGGAAACGACCAGUGUUAUUACUCAGUACAAGGACCUCAAACCUGUCAUGGAUUCAUAUGUUUUUAAUGAUGGCUCUUCCAGGGAGUUGAUGAGUCUCAGUGGAACCAUUCCUGUGCCUUUCAGAGGUAACACAUACAAUAUCCCAAUUUGCUUGUGGCUGCUGGACACCUACCCUUUCAACCCCCCAAUUUGUUUUGUUAAACCCACUAGCUCUAUGACAAUAAAAACUGGGAAGCAUGUUGAUGCAAAUGGAAAGAUAUACCUUCCUUAUCUGCAUGAGUGGAAAUACCCCCAGUCAGACUUGCUAGAGCUGAUUCAGGUCAUGAUUGUCGUGUUUGGUGAGGAACCUCCAGUCUUUUCUCGGCCUACUGCUUCAUCAAGCUACCCACCAUACCAGGCAACAGGCCCACCAACUACUUCCUAUGUGCCGGGCAUUCCAGGUGGAAAAUCUACCUAUCCAGCAGGAAGCACUCCAAACCCGAGCUACCCAAACUAUCCUUAUCCAGGUGGUGUUCCAUUUCCAGCAACCACUAGUGUUCAGUACUACCCUUCGCAGCCUCCUGUCACUACUGUUGGACCCAGUAGAGAUGGGACUAUCAGUGAGGAUACCAUUCGAGCUUCCCUUAUUUCGGCAGUCAGUGAUAAACUGAGAUGGCGGAUGAAAGAAGAAAUGGAUCGUGCACAAGCUGAACUCAAUGCCUUGAAGCGGACAGAAGAGGAUCUGAAGAAAGGACACCAGAAACUGGAAGAGAUGGUAACUCGCCUGGAUCAAGAAGUGGCUGAAGUUGACAAGAACAUUGAACUUCUCAAGAAGAAGGAUGAGGAGCUCAGUUCCGCCUUAGAGAAAAUGGAAAGUCAGUCAGAAAAUAAUGACAUAGAUGAAGUAAUUAUUCCCACGGCACCACUUUACAAGCAGAUCCUGAACUUAUAUGCAGAGGAAAAUGCAAUUGAAGACACCAUCUUCUAUCUUGGGGAAGCGUUGAGACGUGGAGUGAUAGAUCUAGAUGUCUUUUUAAAGCUUAUUAACGUUAGUGAUUUCUCCACUGAAGAGGACCCU